UUCAACAACAUUAUCUAUCGCACACUGCGAUGUAUUUAAAACAUUUAAUUAUUAUUGUGUCCACAAUAAUGUGUGUGAGCUCUUCUAUGCUUGAUUUAGAAAUAAAAUAUAAAACUCCUGCCACAAUACAACGAAUUUAUGAUAGUGUUUUAGGCAAGCAAAACACUCGUUCUACAAGCAUUAAAAUGGCGAAUUUCCAAUCCCAACCGGAAAAUUCACUACAGGAAAAACUGUCAGAAAUGCAAACAAAUUAUUCAAACUUAUUGGAUGAAUUAAAUACUGUUAAGUUAUCGCAGAAAAGUUUGAUGGAAAACCACAUCGAUUUGGAGAAAAAGUAUUUCGAAUUAAUAAGAAACAAAGAAGACAACAGCAAAUCUAAGAAUUACUUAAAUUUACGUAUGGAUAACUUCACAUCACAACUGAUGGAAAAAUACAACGAUUUGGAUGAAAAGUAUUUGGAAUUAAUGAAAAAUAAAGAAACCGACAGUAAAUUGAAAAAUGAUUUAAAUUCACAUAUGGAUAACAUCGCAACGGAGUAA